GUAAUACAUGUUACACCCAGUAGGUGGCGCUCUUUGCCAGCACGCAGCACAAUCCGGCUCUGGGUGUCUUGCAUUGACUCGAGCCUAACGAUUCUCAUCUCGUCAUCAUUUGUAACCACGGAGCAUGAAUUACCUCUUGAAGUCAUCAGUGAGAAUUUACGACUGGUCAACAAAAGCACGUGAUUCCCAACACGCACCCCCACCCCCAUAUUUGGCCGCAUACAUAGCAAAACCCAAGUACAGUGCAUAGCUAUAAUUCAUUAAUACAUCAUAAAUCGUAAAGCAGAGCGUUAUAACGACCAAGAUCUACAAAUCAAGCCCUCUAAAAUAACCCAAAUGAGUUCCUACUUUGUAAACUCUUUCUCAGGGCGCUAUCCAAAUGGCCCCGACUAUCAGUUGCUAAAUUAUGGAACCAGUAGCAACGCUAUGAACGGCACUUACAGGGACACCGGCACCAUGCAUUCGGGCUCGUACGGCUACAACUACAAUGGAAUGGACCUCAGCGUGAACCGAUCCGCCACUUCCAGCCAUUUCGGGGCCGUUGGAGAAAGCUCCGGUUCUUUCCAGUCGCCGGCACAGGAGAACCGCUUCAGACAGCCCUCCAGCUGCUCGCUGUCGUCCCCCGAAUCCCUUCCCUGCUCCAACAGCGAGACCCUCGGACCCAAAUGCUCCUCGCCCCCGUCCGAUCAGCCCGCCAACCCGGGCAUUAUCAGCAACAACAGCAGCAGCAGCAGCACCAGCAAAAACUGCACCGGCGCACAUUUUACAGAACUAGACGAGACGAGCGCUUCUUCCGAGACCGACGAAGGCUCUCUUAGAUCCGGCAACAGCAUUCCUAGGGUUCAGCAACAUCAGCAACCACAAGAAGGAGCAGCUAGCUCAACUACUCCCACAUCAGAAGGGCAACCGCCACAGAUAUUCCCUUGGAUGAGGAAGCUACAUAUUAACCAUGAUAUGACUGGACCAGAUGGGAAGAGGGCCCGUACUGCGUACACCCGCUACCAGACGUUAGAGUUGGAGAAAGAAUUCCAUUUCAAUAGGUACCUAACCCGCAGGAGGAGAAUCGAGAUCGCACACUCCCUGUGCCUCUCGGAAAGACAAAUCAAGAUAUGGUUCCAAAACAGAAGAAUGAAAUGGAAGAAGGACAAUAAACUGAAAAGCAUGAGCCUGGCAACCGGAGGCAGCGCAUUUCAACCAUAAUUUAGAAAUACAAUGAAAAUACAAAAAAAAAAAAAAAAAAAAAAUUAUAUAAAAAAAAAAUAAUAAUAAAUUAACACUUUUCAAAUAUUGAGUACUGUUCCGCGAGGCGCCCUUAGCAUGUUGUUUUAUUUUUUUAUUUUAUUUUUUUUUUAAUGUUUUUUUUUUUAUUAUUUUUAAGGUAACUUCAAAAGUUCUACUGUGGUACUAGUAACACACACAAAAAAAGUGUUUUUGUUUUUAUUUUGUUAUUAUUUGGAAGGACAAGAUUAUAAGCCAGUUGUUAGUGUUCUAAGUGUCGUUUAUGUGUCAAGUGCUAUGAAAAUGCUUUCCUGGAAGUCAGAAUGCUUCUGUGAGCUCUUAAAUGUUAUAACUUAUUUACAAUAGAUUACAACUGUAUAGUUUGACGUUUACAGCCUACUUUAUACUCUGCCCACAAAAUGCUGUAGACAGUGUUGCUCUUACAUUUGCAAAAGAUGUGUCUUCUUCUUCUUCUUCUUCUUCUUCUUCUUCUUCUUCUUCUUCUUCUUCUUCUUCUUCUUCUUCUUCUUCCUCUUCUCCUCCUGCUUUUUGUUUUCAUGCCUUCAGUCGUUAUAGUGAUUUAAAUUUGUUUUUUUUUCUUUUAUUAUUGUAAAAUGUAAAAUCCAGUCUGGAUUUCUGUCUUUGUUUGUUCAUACCUGUGUAUAAUUCCAUUCUCGUAAAAAAAAAAAAAAAGACAGAUAAUUGUGUAAUAAUUAAUCAUUCGUGUGCUCCAAAAUGGGUGUAAAUAUUAGACAUUUUUAAUGUGACAAAUAUGUAAUAUGUAGUGGGCAGAGUGAAUGACUGUGGAAACAAAAUAAUAAUGGCGACUCUCAUGCCUGUUAGUAUUUUGCCAAUAAGCUUUUUGUAACUGUUUGUAGCUCAACUUGAAGUUAAAAAUAAAUAAAGUUUCUCAUAUU